UACAGACACAACGCUACCUAGAAUUUCAUACCCAAAGUUUUCUUAAUUACGGUUCUCCAUGUAGGACAAAACAACAAUUGAUAUUUAAUUGAUUUUAUAUUAUAAAUUAUUAGUAAAAUACAUGUGUCAACAAUUGAUUUGAUAGAAUUCAAAAGAGAAUGUAAUAUAGAAUGUUUUCAUUGCAACAGGCAUAGACCUUGAACGGAGUAUAUCAACUUUAUAAGCUCUUCUUCAUACAUUGCUUUUAAUGGAAAACCCCAAUACAGAAACAACAAUAAAUCCACCACCACCUCCGGAACAAGAACCAGACUCCAAAAAGCUCAAGAUGUCCACGACGACCACUUCCGAUGACGAACACACUACUACAGCCGCCGCCGCUACAGGCGAAGAGACCAAGAAACCGAGAUACAAGCGACGAAAGGUUGCAAUUUUCUUUGCAUAUUGCGGUGUUGGAUAUCAAGGUAUGCAGAAAAACCCAGGUGCGAAAACCAUCGAGGGUGAUCUUGAGGAAGGACUCUAUCAUGCCGGCGCCGUUCCGGAACAUGAUCGUAACAAACCCCAACGCUAUGAUUGGGCUCGGUCGGCCCGUACCGAUAAGGGCGUCAGCGCUGUGGGGCAAGUGGUCUCUGGCCGUUUCUACGUGGACCCACCAGGCUUUGUCGACCGCCUGAAUGCUAAUCUUUCCCCGCAGAUUCGGAUAUUUGGGUACAAGCGUGUGACGGGUUCGUUUAACGCCAAAAAGUUCUGUGAUCGGAGAAGGUAUGUGUAUCUUAUUCCGGUGUUUGCUCUUGAUCCAAAUUCGCAUCCUAAUAGGGAGAGCGUAAUGGCUAGUUUGGGUUCUGGGAAUGAGCUCUUCAAGUGCCAUGAAUGCUCUGAGAGGGGGCGUAAGGUUGUUGGUUUAAUGGGCAAGCGUAGUUAUGAAUUAAGUGGUUCGCGUUUUGACCUGGACAUUUCGUCGAACACUGAGAAUGCUGGCAUUUCUUCAGCAAAUGGUAAUGCCAGUGAUCCAAGUUCGGAGCAGAUAGGCGAAAUUAAACCUGAAUAUGAGAAUGCUGAAAGCAACAAGGUUCAAGAUGGAGUCUUGGAUUCGAACGAGGGUAAUGCUGCAAAGGACACUACUAAUUUCUCUUAUGGUGAGAAUGAGAAAGAAAGGUUUAAUAGAAUUCUGAACUAUUAUGUGGGGACUCAUAACUUCCAUAACUUUACCACCAGAACAAAAGCCGUAGACCCUGCAGCUUGGCGCUUCAUCAUUUCGUUCAAUGCUGACACCGUAGUAACAGUUGAAGGCAUGGAAUUUGUCAAGUGUGAGGUGGUGGGACAGAGCUUCAUGCUUCAUCAGAUAAGGAAGCUGAUUGGGCUUGCUGUUGCAGUGAUGAGGAACUGUGCUCCGGAGUCAUUGAUAGAGAAGGCCCUGCAAAAGGAUGUUAACAUGACUGUGCCAACUGCCCCUGAAGUUGGGUUGUACUUGGAUGAGUGUUUCUUUACAUCAUAUAACCAAAAGUGGAAAGACACUCAUGAAGAGCUAUCGAUGAAAGAGUAUGAACAAGAGGCGUUAGCCUUUAAAAUGAAGCAUAUAUACGCUCAUAUUGCAUUGACUGAGCAGAAAGAAGGUGUGGUGGCUCUAUGGUUGCACUCUCUCAACCACAGGAACUAUCCGGAUUUAGAAGUAGUUAACGAUGAAAUUGCAAGUAACAAGAUUAGUACUGAAGCAGAGAAUUGCAAUGCUGAGUGAAAUGUCUUGCCAGGCAUCAGUUCUCUACAUUCAAUUAUGUAGGCCUUCUUUUUUAUCAGCUCCUUCCUGCUGAUUAUUUUUGCUAUAGAACUCUUCAUAUCUUUAAUGUUUUAUUUUUAUGAACAAAAUAAUUCAUGCAAUGCACCAUAAGAUGGUCCUUUGGUGCUACUUUAAUCUUAUUUGAUUUGACUUGAGUAAACUUCUGUUCAUUAAGCUCUUAUGUUAACCUA